AUGGCUCUCCAGCGCCAGCUGUGCCGACCGAACGCUGCCCUCAACUCCCGACUCGCGAAAUCUGCCAUUGCUCCAACACAAUGCCGCCGCAACUUGCAGGAUAUUGUGAUUACACGGACCGGCAAGCCUAUCAUUCGAACGCCAGGUGGUCGACACAGUCUCGGCGGCCAUACUGUCACCGUGUUCGGAGCGACAGGCUUCGUCGGUCGGUACAUUGUCAAUCGCCUCGCGCAAGCCGGAAACACAAUCGUCAUCCCAUACAGAGAAGAGAUGGCAAAGCGACAUUUGAAGGUCACCGGAGAUCUUGGACGAGUCAACUUCAUCGAGUACGAUCUGCGCAACACAGCCUCAAUUGAGGAGUCCGUCAGGCACUCCGACAUUGUGUUCAACCUGGUUGGCCGAGACUACCCUACGAAGAACUUUGACUUGGAGGAUGUCCACGUGGAGGGAACACACCGCAUCGCCACGGCUGUCGCUAAAUACGACGUUGACCGCUUCAUCCAAAUGUCCUCCCACUCCGUACACCCCGAGUCGCCCUCCGAGUUCUUCCGAACCAAAUGGCGCGGCGAGCAGGUCGCCCGUGAGAUCUUCCCAGAGACCACCAUUGUGCGACCCUCUCCAGUAUUCGGAUUCGAGGACCGCCUUCUGCACCGCCUCGCCAGAGCCACCAAUGUGCUCACAUCAAACAACAUGACCGAGCGCUUCAGGCCAAUCCACUCGGUUGAUCUCGGUCGCGCACUCGAGGCUAUUGCCAUGGAUGAUAGCACGGCGGGACAAACAUUUGAGCUCUACGGACCAAAGGAGUACAGCAUGGGAGAGAUUUCUGCGCUUGUGGAUCGCGAGAUCUUCCACAAGAGGCGACACAUCAACGUGCCGAAGGCGAUCCUUGGACCUGCAAUGGGCGUCAUGAACAAGCUGUUGUGGUGGUCAGUGGGUAGCAAAGACGAGGUGGAGCGCGAGCACUUGGAUCAAUUCAUCGAUAAGAAUGCCAAGACCUUUGCGGAUCUAGGCAUGGAGCCGGGUGACAUUGCCAACUUCACAUACAAAUACUUGCAAGGAUACCGAAGCUCGUCAUACUUCGAUCUGCCUCCCAUGACAGAGAAGGAGAAGCGAGAAGAGAAGAAGUAUUUGCAUGUGCUCGACGAUCAAUAG